AAGAGAAUAAACAAACUUCAAGUUGAUAGGUUAGUUCAACUUCAACAUUAAACCCUGUGAAAACGAAUUAUUUAAGGUCAAAACAAGUGAAAUGAAUGAAUAAGCAUUAGAUAGGUAUUAUCAAUAAUUAAUUUGCAAUGUUCUCUGCCCAUGAACUUCGGGGAUCAAAGUUCGUCUAAUCGCUAAUCCUGUCAAAUGAGCUCAUCAUGUUAACAUCUCGCGUGGGAAUAAAUUUAAUUUGUAAAAGAGCUGUGAGUAAAUUUUAUUCGCCUGAAAAUGUGCUUUCUCAAGACAACAAGGAGAAAACAUCCUCUAAGUUCAGUACUAUGCAACCCAUAAGACUUUCCCAUUUUCCACCAAAAAAAGCUGCUGUGUUGGUGCCACUUUGUAUCAUGGAUGGAAAGAUGGCGUUGUUGUACACAUUAAGGACAUCGAAAUUGAAAAACCAUAGAGGAGAGGUGAGUUUUCCUGGAGGAAUGCUGGAUGACUCGGACAAAGAUGUUACCCAUACAGCAUUGAGGGAAACCCAGGAAGAGCUUGGAAUGGAUCCUCAAUGUGUGGAUAUUUGGAGUUCUGGGCGACAACUUGUAGCCAGAGGUAAAACAACAGUUACCCCAGUUCUUGGAUACAUCAAGAAAAACUUCAAAAUCAAAGAUUUGAAACUUAGCAGAGAUGAAGUUGAUGAAGCAUUCUUCGUGAAUUUGGAAGAUCUGUGUAAUCCGAAAUUGCAUGGACAUACACAGUUCAGGCAAGGUGAUAUGACUUUCGAUAUGCCAGUCUUUCUCGCUGGAAAAUACCGCAUUUGGGGACUCACAGCAGUGAUCACCUAUAUAACACUGCAUUCGCUACUACCAAGUAGAGCAUAUAAUCAUCAAAUACGACAAUUACAACCUAUAAACAUUAUACCCUGAAAAUAAAAACAAAUUUCGAUUGA